AUGGAUCGCCAACACGCCGCCGCAGAACCCGAACAGCGAGAUGAAUAUGCAACUGAAUGGGCUCAUCGAGAGCUCAACACGAUGCCCAUAGCAGUCACUCAAACAAACACACCACAAGCUAUGCUACUUACAGACGGUCGCGACACACUAAGUAGCUUUCCAACGUGUGCAAACCCACGAGAUAUUUCUCAUUCAACUUCGUGGGAGACCUUCCAGCCUUAUCAGCAACAAGCAGGAUUUGUUGGAUGUGACCACGGACAAGAAUCAGGCCUGCCAGAAGAGGUGCAACAGGAGCUCGCCGAAGCGGAGUUGCGGCAUACCGUAGCACGCUAUGAGAUUCUAGAGAAGGCAAAAGCCUUCUCCCCAAGCUCACACUCUCGGAUUGUAGAUGCUCCCUAUAUGGAUCUCAUCAUAGGUAGCACAAUCACCGACUAUCGUGGGGAAUCUGGUCCUUCCACCGCGCUCAUGCAUUCACAUGAGCUUUUCAACGACGACCCUAUGCCGAAUGAUAGCGGCAGCAUGCGUGGCUUCGACCUCGGUGUCUGGCCCACACAGCAGAUUUCAGAUACCACGUUUGAUCUGAAUCCCCCCCAGAGUGGUGUCCAUGAUCCAGAUCAGAUGAGCAUUACCCUUCCUAAUAUUUACGUCGACGAUCCUAGUGCUCCCUAUCAGGCGAUGUAUCGUGAGCCAUUCACGGAGAUCUCAUUGCUACCCAGAACACCACCUUACAACAGGAUGAUUUCCAUCUUGGAUGCAGGCGACCACGGAAACAACGUAUCUUUUCUGGAAGCUACUAAUCAUUGUCGCAACACGGAAUCAGUUCUUACGCCGCAAGGAGGUGGAUCCGUCGCUGUUGAUACAGAUAUUCUGGAAACACAUCAGAUGGAUGAGGCGGCCUACAAUAUAACGAGUCCUCUUACUGUUCCACCGUGGAACGGCAAUAUCGUUUCACGUCAAGGCCAUCCCUUUGUUGCAGUGUCGCCUGGGUUGUCGCCUUAUUCGACGAUCGAGCAAUCUGCUACAAGCUAUGUCGAUGCAGUAGAAAUUGCGGUUCCCCUGCUCCAUUCUCAAACCAUGACAGUCGUCUCUGGAACCGGUGGCGACCAACUACCAAUCGCCAAAAGGAAAAGCUGCGAUUCCAAUAACGCUGGCAACGACAAAACAAUGUCCAGUCGUGCACUCGACAAUAUCUACUUUCACACAAGCCCUGAAGCUGAUCGUGAACGUAAAAAACAGCAGCCAAAGCGUCGAAGGGUUACGACGAAGGCCUCUUGGUCCUGCUUCGGAUGUCGCUUUAACAAAAGGAAGUGCGAAACUUCAAUCGACGGUCUUUGCCUUCGAUGCAAGGACAUAUUGAACAAGAAUGCCUAUCGCACACCAGUUCAAAAGUUUACAUGUAAUGUCAAGACGAAGUUCGUUGACUUUGCAUAUUCGUGCUUUACCGAUGUACCGGAUGCAUCUGGUUAUAUACGACUCUUACUUGAAUCUGACUUUGCGAUAAAAGGAUUUGGAUCCACUUUGCCAAGAAAUGUCGACAGCACCAAGAGAUCUCAGGAAGCUAUGGACAGCAUGAUCUGCGAACUUGUGGAGCGUCUCCGCAGCUUCCUCGACUUCAUGGAGCCACUACACGUCAGACAAUUUUUUUCACGGUCAUCCGUUCUACCGGUAUUAUGGAGUUACUCUUUGAGCAUAAUCAAGUGGCAGAAGGUAAUCGGCUUUCUUUGGCCGAGUCUGAAGGAUGAUCUUUACUUCCAUAAGGAGUACCAUAUCCAUAUGCUGCGCCCAAUUUCUCUCGGUUUGCUUGACCGUAUGGAAUACCUCGGAGACUAUGUAAUAGUUGCUCUGUUGCUAAACGUAUGGUAUGAGGAGAUAUCGGCCAUGGACAAGAACCUCAUGACAAGCAGCUCCGUGAAAGAUCACCUCCAAUCCUCUCUUGCGGACCGUAUUCUACAUAUCUAUCGUAGCCUCUUCCCUACCAGUACUACUGGUAAGGCCUCGCGGACAAAAGAGUUGAAAAGUCGCGCGGUGGCGCUCAGACUUUUCCCUUCCACAACCGGACUAUUGCCGUCACACUAUCGCCGAUUCUCGAUGGGCGAUAUUGCACGGAAUAUGUUACAGCAGUGGAAGACAUCAAUAUGCUCAGAUGAGAACCUACCUUCAGAAAAAGCUGAGUCGCACUGCCAGAAGCCACCGGAACAUCCCUAUCCUAUCCUGAAGGCUUACGUUCCCGCACAACUAUUUGUUAUAUUAGGCCUGGACACAGAAACGCAAGAUUUUACUACAAAUUCGCAAUGGAUGGAACCCAUCGAAAUGUGUAUUCAGAAGCAUCUCAAGAUCUACGAUGCAAACGUCCAGAAGGAGAUACUCGACCUUUCGACCUAUACCUUAUCCAUUGGGACCAAGGCGCUUUUCUUCAAGCUCGAUAAAGUCCUUACAGAUGAGGGUCUUGUUCAUCAGGCCUAUUCAUCUUGGGAUUGUAGUGGUAGAAAAUGGCUGCAUGGAAUUGUUGCGAUAUCCGUUGGCUAUUGCACAAUGCUCAUAUCGUGUGUGCAGUUAUUGUCUUUAUCGCAGAAAAGGGAAGUAACUCUCGCUGAAUUCGUCAUGGAAAACCGAGACUUAGAGGAUAAAUACUUCCAGGUCUUAGUUGAUGGCUCUGAAUCUUCCAGAGCUAGGCUGUAUGCAGAUCUUGUCCCACGCUUCGGCCUCAGGAAACCAAGACAGAGAGGCCAUGCGGCGCAGCUCAUU